ACUCUGUUUCCUACAAUGGUACUGGAGAAGAUCGUCAGCGCGGAGGAAGCAAUGGCCAAACCCAGUAUCCCAAUAAUUGAUCUGGAAAACUUUCCAGAAAAAUACGACAGACUGUUGAGGGAGGCGUGCGAGGAAUGGGGUUGCUUCAGAUUGGUGAAUCACAACAUACCCAUCUCACUAAUGUCGGAGAUGAAGGCAGUGGGCAUGUCUCUGUUCGACCUUCCCACCGAGAUCAAGGAACGAAACACACCUGUCGUCCCCGGCGGUGGCUAUGCGGCAAACGACGUGUACGAGACAUUGGGGUUCCAUGAUAUACGAUCCCAACAAGAUGUGGAGCAAUUUUGUUCGGAGCUUGACGUCUCUGAUCACCAAAGGAAGGUAAUUGAUUCUUAUAAUAAGUCUAUGGGUGAUCUACUUACGAAACUAUCAGAAAAAUUGGGUUCAAGUUUGGGAUUGAAUGGAUAUUCCUUUGAGAGUUGGAAGAUACUCUUUAGGAUUAACAAGUACAAUAUCCAACCUGAACACAUAGGCACUAUGGGGUUUCCGGGGCACACAGAUGUAGGGUUCUUGACCAUACUUCAAGACGAUGAAAUUGUGGGUGGACUGGAAGUGAUGGAGAAGAAAUCGGGUGAAUUUGUUGGUGUUGAUUCGAUGCCAGGUAGCUUUUUUGUGAUAUUUGGAGAUCUGGGUAAUGUUUGGAGCAAUGGGAGGUUCUGCAAUGCGAGGCAUAGAGUGAAAUUCAUUGAAGCAUCGCCGAGAAUAUCUAUGGGUUCAUUUGUGAUGGGACCAAGGGAGGGAGCAGUGGAAGCACCGACGGAGCUUGUGGAUGAUGAACAUCCGCGUCUCUAUAUUCCAUGCACCUGGGAACACUACCUGAAACUCCGAUUCACACCAUCUAUUGGCAAGGAUAGCCUUGCCGAUGUCCUUGUUCAUCCUGCAAAUGAAUGAGUGCAAAAUGUGGAAGUUGUGUACUUUAUUGUCUCUGUUGUUUGAAUAAGUCGGGUACUGCAGUUGUGUUAUUGUGUUAUGUGUUCAACAAUAUGAAGGCUUGUUUAGUCUACUCGAAUAUAUUCCAGUAUCGUUUGUAAUACAGUGUUUUGUCAGUGUAAUCGGACAUGUGUUUAAAGUUCUCAGAUAUAAUCAUGGCUCGAGUGUCAUGGGUCUCAAAUGACAUUCUUAAAAAAAA